GUUUAAUUAAAUUUAAAAAAUACUAAAUCAAAAUGAAUUUGAAAAUGUUUAAAAAAAAUUUUAAUUUAAUUUUAUUUGUUGUUUGUUUUGGGAAUAAUGUGUCGUCAAGAUGUUUACAGAAUUUUUUUGAUCAAAAUGUUCACCUGACAAGGAGUCCAUCAUCAUUAGACUCUCAAUACAAAAGGAUUCUCUCAUUAUCACCAAAUUAUAAAGAUGCAAGAAGACGUGGUUACUCCAACUCUCGAGAUUCUAAUUUAUUCAAACUAUCCAAUACUGCACCACUUCCGUUGACUCCAUUACAAUUAUACAAUCAAGGGGCAUUAUCAGACUACUAUUCAAUCCCCUUAUCCCAAUAUAACCCUGCGCUACAGGAAUAUAAUAUAGACGCACUUAACCAAUAUAAUCAAAUACCAGCACAAGAUUAUAGUCAAGAAUUUCAAGAUCCAUACAACAUGGGUUUAUCUCAAACGUACAACUCGGAUCCAUAUGGGCAAUAUAAUCCACUUAUACAUCCAUAUAAUCCAUAUAUAUUACCACCAUAUAAUCCAUUUCUACAAGCGUACCAACAGAGUCUUUUAGGAUAUUAUAAUCAGGUACCAUUAAGAUAUUAUAAUCAGAUACCACAGGAUUAUAAUCAGAUUCAAGAAUAUGUUCCACAAUAUCCAGAACAAUUUUCGCCCGAAGAAAAAAAUGAACGACUCAAGGAAAUCACGCAACGAUUCUGGCAACCAAACGUUCCAUUACCACACCAACAUUGCCUAGAUCAGCCAUCUUUCGAAAAUAAUACAUCUAAUCGUCGUGGUUCAAGUUUAGAUAAAGAUUUUACAAAAGUACCUCAUGUAACUCCGAGAAGAAAAAAUCCUAAACCUUCAAACCAAAAUCAAUUUGGCAAUUCAAAAAUGGUAAAACCAUUAAAAGACAAUGGUGAAGAUUUACUUAAUCAAGUGUUAGCAGAUAGAGCGUUAGAAGAGAAAGCGGGACGCCGUGGAAGUUACGAAAGUGGAAAAUACGGUAAACAUGUUGUUCCAUUAUAUCAAAAACAAGCAAGAAAAUAUGCAAAUCCAUUUGAAAGUACAGCUAUUGUUGCACCUGGAAAAGAAAAUGAAAUUGUUAAUCCUAAUACAAAUGAUGAUAUCGUAGCUAUUAGAUCUCAAAACAAUCAUGCUUAUCAACCAAGUACCAAUUGGAACCAAUCUUAUCCAAAUAUAUUUAGUUGGUUAGGAAGGAAACGGCGUGAUGUGCCAAAAAAAGAGUUUAUUCAUGAUCAUGAUCAUGUGACUAUUAAUAAAAAUAAUGCGGGCAUAGAUUUGUUACAUUUGAAAAGGCAAACAAGUUACGAAAAUGAAAGGAUGAGUAAAGCAAGAAGUGCACUUCGUUCGCUUUUACGCUUAUAA